UGACGAUAUUGAAAACGUCUUUGCUUAUUCUUGGCUCAGCAUUAUUAAUAAAAGAGUUAAUAAAUUACUUGGACAGCUCAGGGAGGAACAUUACAACCGGGCAGUUUAACCUGACGUAUGAUUAUAUAGUAAUAGGCGGGGGUUCUGCGGGUAUGACAGUGGCGUCAAGAUUAUCCGAAGACGAGCAUGUGUCGGUGUUAAUUAUAGAAAGUGGCAGUCAUUUUGGUGAUAACCCUAAUUUUUUUGUACCUCCUCAUUGGAUAAAUCUUCUUCACACAAAACAUGAUUGGGCAUAUCUUACACAGCCACAAGAACAUUCUUUUCUUGGAAUGAAAGAUAAAAAAGGUUACUGGCCGAGAGGUCACGUUCUCGGUGGAUCAGGUUCAAUCAACCUGCUUCAAUAUACACGUGGAAGUAGGUUUGACUUCGAUGAAUGGGCAGCUAACGGGUGUACAGGCUGGAGUUAUAAAGAAGUUUUGCCGUAUUUUCUGAAAUCCGAAGACAUGCAAAUACCAGAAUUUAGAAACUCCAUUUACCAUAAUGAAGGUGGAGAAAUUGCGGUUUCAGAGGCAGAUAUUUCGCGUCUUUCUAAGAUUUUUAGAAAUGCCGGAGAAGAACUAGGUUAUAAAGUUAGAGAUUAUAAUGGAGAAUUGCAAGAAGGUUUUAAUAAAAUACAAUUUAAUAUACGCAAAGGGGUAAGAAGUAGUGCUGCCAUUGAAUUUCUGAAGAGAAAGAAAAAUAAUUUACAUAUCAUUACAGAAAGUCAUGCUACUAAAGUAGUUUUAGAAAACAAGAAAGCUGUUGGAGUGAAUUUUAUUCAAGAUGGUAGAAAGAGGUAUGUAAAGGCGAGAAAAGAAAUUAUACUAUCAGCAGGUGCAAUAAACACGCCUCAGAUUCUUAUGCUGUCUGGUGUUGGACCAAAAGAACAUCUUGAAAAAUUGGGGAUUCCUGUUGAAAAGGAUCUACCCGUUGGAAAUAAUUUGCAAGAGCACCAACAAGUAUCUGUUUGUACAAAGACGAAAACUCAAGACAGUAUAACUCCUGAAAGACUGGAAAGUAUAUGGAGUAAAAUUCAGUAUUAUCUGUUCGGUACCGGACCAAGGUCCAUUGCCGGGUCAGAUGGUUCGGCAUUUUUACAUCUUGACAGCAAUAAUGAGGGGAAAAUAUACCCAGACAUUCAGAUGGUUCUUUUUCCAACUUUAUUUGGUAAAAAUUUAUUUAACUACAAUAAUGAAGUUGCAAAAGAAAUACUGGCAUCCUCAUCCGAGCAUGGAUUUUGUGUUUUUGUUGCACUGACACACCCCCGAUCGCGUGGAACAAUACGUCUUCAAGCCAAAGAUCCAUUUGAUUAUCCGCUUAUUGACCCGCGGUAUUUCCAUAAUCAAAGAGACGUUGAUAAUUUGAUCGGCGGUGUUCGGAUAUUAGAAAAGUUACUAGAAACUCGCGCGUUCAAAGAGGUCGGCGUGGAUAUAAAUUUCAUGAAAAAAACUUUCUGUUCUCAACACAGGUUUCGCUCGGAUAAAUAUUGGGAGUGUAUGAUUCGAUCAACAGCUUUCACACAAUUUCACCCUACUUCUUCAUGUAAAAUGGGACCUUUAGACCGACAUGAUACCGUAGUGGAUCCGCAGUUACGAGUGAAGGGUGUUGCAGGUUUACGCGUUGUUGAUGCUUCAAUAUUCCCAAAUAUAACUUCCGGUAAUACCAACGCACCAACGAUCAUGGUUGCUGAGAAGGCAGCAGAUCUUAUUAGAGGGAAAAUUACCGUAAAUCAUCUAAAACGAUCACUUUAAUAUCAGGUGACUCAAAAUGAUUC